AUGGAAUACAAGACGCACAACAAUUGGAUCGGCUGGGUGAUGAGAAAGACGGGAUGGUCGUCGAGCAAAGUGACCCACAUCUUCCGCAGGUCCGGGGCGCAGGGUCUCAGCGACGACCGGUGCCCAGACACCCUCAUUGCGAAGCUGGGAGGAUGGGAGCAGGGAGAGAUGCGGAGGUCGUACCUGUUGGGCGUGCCUUUCGAGCCGGUGCUUUUGAUGGCGGGCUAUUCGGGUGAUCCCGGGGACUACUACAUCGGCAGAGCACAUGCGAAACUAGAGGAUAACACCGAGUGGGAAGAACUCCUAGAAUUAUUCCGAAAGCACAUCUACCCGUGGCUCGAAGAGGAGAUGGCCAAGGUCGAAAAGUUCAACAAAGACAAGAAGUCGCACGAGAAAAAGCUAUCGGCAGAGCAGUUUUUGAAGGCCCUCCUUGGUGUUGCACGGGUGCAGGAUGCCAUCUAUCGACUCCAAGGAACCCAGCAGAUGACCAAGCUGCGACUCCUAAACCAGGAGCUCAUGGAGAAUGCGGGGAGGGUGACGGCGGAGAACGGUCAGUUGAGGAUGGAGAACAAGAGUCUUCACGAAGAGCUUGCGCUGCUGAAAGCGGCGAUGGCGGCGUUGCAACGGGGCGACGACGCUCCGCCCUGUGUUGCGUCGAACGGAGGGGCCGCCGAUCCAAAGACGGAGGUUUGCGACGAGAAGCCCGAGGUGGAAACUCAAGAACAAGAGGAUCAGAGGAUUUUUUUCGCGGCUGUCCUCACCCCAUGGCUCAAAUGCAGCAAGCUCUCGGACGCGUGGAAGCUUUGGGACCGGGGCACUGGUAUGAUGGGCGGCAGGUCCAUCCGCGAUCUGGCGAAGGCUGGAGACUUUCUCGCAACCUACUCCGAGUAUGGGGACCAGAAAGUCUUAAAAAACACGCGUUCCAAGCGGUUGGGGCGGAAGAGGAAUCAGAUGCUCACCAUCGACAGUCUGCGACCCGAUGACUCUGAAGCCGCGACCGCUUAUGCGUUGGCUCUUGGUGACUGGUUGCUAGGGGAGUCAUCGGAGAGCGCUAUUGGGGACGGGAAUGUCGUCACUGCCUUGCAAAAGAGAAAGCGCGAGGUAGCGGGAGAUGACGGAAUCACUGCGAACGAGAGUUCACGCAACAGGAUUGUCUACCUUCUCGUGGACGCAAGGGCACGCGAUGAGGCAUGGGCUGAGUCGGUCGUGGGAGCGGAGGAGUGGCCCAAAAUCAAGGAUCGUGAGGCUGGGCAGAUCGCGAAGAAACGAAGGAAGAAUAACGUUCCCCCUCCGGAGCCUUAUGUUGGGGAUCGCUCUUGA